AGUCGGGUGGUCUGCUUUCCAGAGCUUYGAGUGAUGACUGAAAUCUAUACCUCCGUCGAACCUGCGACUGAAGAAACAUUUGCGCCUGAUACCUAUUUCAUUCUCUGAGAUUAUUCUUAGGGUUCAGACCUCUUCCCCGCUCCGUCUUUUUCAAUUACUAUUUGCCUUUUAGUAAAGAACGUUAGUCUGUUCAUAGGUAUCGGAGAGUUGGAGACGAUUGGAGUUGUCUUAGUUCUGAUUAUAUGGAUGAUAAUUAGUCUUCCUCUAAUGAAAUAUCUUCUUGCUGUUGAUGUGGUCUUGGAGGUCCGCGGAGCUUUAUUUUUUGUUUGGAAGAGAUUCUUUUGAACCAGAUGGCAGAUCGUUAUUGGAUUGUUUUUUGCGCGGCAUUUUCGUGUUUGGUUGGAGUUCUCAACGCCAGUCCCGGUGACUCUGAUCCGCUUUACAAGUCUUGUGUAGACCAGUGUGAGAAGACUGGUUGUGUUGGGGAUACAUGUUUUCAGCACUGCAGGUUCUCAUCCGAUGGGAUCCCUGUUGAUGGUCCAUGGUACAUGCAAGAACCACUAUAUCUGAGGUGGAAACAGUGGGAUUGUCAGAGUGACUGUCGGUACCACUGCAUGCUUGAUAGAGAAAGGGAAAGAGAGAAACUCGGUAACAAACCAGUCAAAUAUCAUGGAAAGUGGCCUUUCUGGCGUGUCUUUGGCAUUCAGGAGCCUGUUUCUGUGGCACUUUCUACAUUAAACCUUGCAAUACAGUUCCAUGGAUGGCUAUCUUUUUUCAUUUUACUGUAUUACAAAUUGCCUCUGAGGCCAAAUAAGAAGACGUAUUAUGAGUACACCACCUUGUGGCAUAUCUAUGGGCUCUUAUCAAUGAAUUCCUGGUUCUGGAGUGCUGUUUUUCACACACGAGAUGUAGAUCUGACAGAGAAGCUAGACUACUCUUCAGCUGUGGCCUUACUUGGAUACACCCUUAUUCUAGCCAUACUUAGAACUUUCAAUGUCAAGGAUGAGGCUGCUAGAGUCAUGGUUGCUGCUCCAUUAAUUGCAUUCGUGACAACCCAUAUCUUAUAUCUCAACUUCUAUAAACUUGACUAUGGUUUGAACGUGAAAGUGUGUGUUAUCAUUGGCAUAGCUCAGCUUCUUCUCUGGGCUGUCUGGGCUGGGCUGUCUGGCCAUCCGUCAAGAUGGAAAUUGUGGGUGGUUGUUGUGGGUGGAGGCCUUGCCAUGCUCUUAGAGAUAUAUGAUUUCCCUCCAUACCAAGGAUUUGUGGACGCUCAUGCUCUCUGGCAUGCUGCCACCAUCCCUUUGAGCUACCUCUGGUGGAGUUUCAUCAAAGAUGAUGCAGAGUUCAGGACUUCGAGUCUUGUUAAGAAGGUAAAGUAGGUAAAUGUGCUUGUUGUGCAAUCAAAAUCAGACAAUUUGUAUUCAAUUAACAAUUGUCAACCCACUUCGUCAUAUUAAUUGAUACUGGAUUUUCUCCUUUUUUGUC